AUGAUGGCCGAUUUUCCAGCAGCUCCGGUCCUCGAGGCACUAAAGGCUCUGGUGCAGAAGAUCGGAGAAAUGGAGAGGUUUCCCGGUCAUCGCUCGAAUCCGGCGAAAGAGAAUGUAGAAGUGACUCAGGAGGAUCUGGAUCAGAAAAACAAACUACUGGAUGAACUCCGAUCGGAUCUUUUGCCUUCCAUCAAGCAUGAGCUGAAGGCUCUUUUAGAGGAACUCGACCCGCCUCACAAUUCUAGCCAAUGUCCAAACCCGAACGUCGAGAUGACCUUGGAUACUUUAUCAAAGCUCGAUCAAGCUAUGCAGAAAAGCUUACAGUACAUCAACUGUGCUCCACUCGUACCUCUUAAACCAACACACGCCCACGAUCACCACUUCAAACGAUGCAAAGCUUUCAGACUUUGGGAUCUGAGCAUUCGCAUGAUGUGGCUAAAAUCCCACUUGCAUUCCCUAUUUUGGUGUUAUAUUAGAUGCCCAAAUCUCCGGAAGCCUCGAAGUAGCCACUCAGAAGACCUGAAGUAUCGAGCUCCAACACCAAGGGAUGAAACAGCUCGUUGCCUCAAUUACAUUGACAACACGAUUAGAUGUUCCCAAGCAACCGACUUUGCUUUAUUCCAGCUCAGAUGGAAAAGCGUAGCUGAAGCCUUUGAUAAGUCGCUGGCAAGCCUUGCGAACUUAACCAGCCCUCAUCAAAGGAACAACACCAUCCUCAAGAGACGUCUCGUCAAGCAGGCUAGACUAGCCGUACCGGUCUUCAAGUUACUACGAACAUUAUUUGCUAAAAUAUCAAACAUGACCACCCAGAAACUUCCGUUCGCGUUGGAUACGGAGCUUAACUCCGAUACACUUCACAAACUAGACGAAGACCCCGGCGUAAUUAUCUUUGCUUGCCAAGUUCACGUCAAAUGUCUGGAGAAGAGAUACAAGUAUAAUUUCGCGACUGAUACUAGCCGGUCGUUGCGCGAUCGGAACGAACGACUAUCAAGAAAUGUUGACUCUUACGUAUUCCUUCUAGCUUUGCACAUCAUUCCUUCAUCUCCAAAUAUUGAUCACUCUUCACUCCAAAAUGACUUCAAGGCUUGGCUUUCCGAGUGGCAAUGUUUAUGGCAGACCGCCAAGGACCGUUUGCUGGCUGCUAUGUGCGUCCCUGAAGAGGAAGAUUGA